UAUAUAUUUAACUUUCUUAUAUAUACACAAUGUUUUUACUUGUUUUAAGCAUAAAUCUAUUGAAAUUUGCCAGUAGGAACAAACUUUUGGCUUUUGAUCUUUUUUUAAGUAUGUUUAGAAUGUUUUUACUGGAAAUGAUCAUAAUUACAGUUUAGUUUUUAUAUAAAAAUACUUCAUACUUGAAUAAAUACGUGCUGCACUUCUUCCAAAACACUCCCAAUAUAUCUGGAUAUCUGUUGUGUUUAUGUGAGUCAGAGUUGUUUACAAAUAUUACAUUUCACAAUAAAAUAAUUCAAACUCAGUUUGUUUCGUGGCUUUAGAAAAAUCACAGCAAAUUUCAACUAUAUUGAAAUAUUAUAUAUUCAAUAUUGAAUAUAUUUCAAUAUUCAUAACAUCUUGCUGUUGAAGUGCUGAUGUCGGCUGAGGCCGUUUUACUACUACUUUUUUUUUUUUUUUUAAAUGUUCAUUUAAAUAUUCGUAUACAUCUCCUCGUUAAGACAAGUGAACACCUACGAAACAUUUGUCCCUAAUCUAGAGCGUCGACAUACUCCAAAAUGUCCAAUCUCAUUGGCUGGAUCAUUUGUAGUUUCUUAUCAACGAUUGGCCAGUUGACAUGUCAAUCAGUACUUCUUGUCUGAUUGGGCGGUUCUUGUCAAGCGUGGAUGAAGACACUGUUUGAAGCGCAACGAGCAGAAUGGCGGUUCUAAUAAGGAUUUGUUUUUACUGCGCGCAUGAAAACUCGGUGAUUAAUACAAAGUUAUAAAAACAUUCGGGGCUUUAGACCGAUAAACCCACUCCAAGCGCCGCGCCUGCGCACUAAGAAUGUCAGAGUCACGUGAGUACUCUGAAGGGAACCUGUUAUAAAUGUAUGAUGCACCCUUCGCUAAAAGUCUUGUGAAGGGCCCUUUCGUAUUGAACGAUCCAUACCGCUAUGCCCUUUUGAGGGCACACAAAUGCAAUUCAGCUACACCCCAUGUGAGUAAUGGUGACGUCAUGCUGUAGUUUUCGUUAUUUAGAUCACGGGACUGUUACAUAAAGUCCAGUGACACAUUAUUGUGCAGGUGUUUUACUUUCUAAAAGUUUAAAUGACACCCGCUUAAUUUCUGUAAAUGAAAUACCUCCUCAUAUAAUCGGUAAGAGAACGACUUUAAUCUUAACUUCAUGUUCAGCCUUCUGGAAGAGCAGGGCAUUGUUAGUGUUCUGUUCCCAUGUUUAAGAUGGCUCAAGUCUUUGUGUACGGCACACUAAAGAGUGGUCAACCCAACAACUACAGGAUGCUUGAUGCUGCCAAUGGUAAAGCGAAGCUCCUUGCGCGAUCUCGCACCGUGGACUCAUACCCUCUAGUAAUCGCCACCCAAUACAACGUCCCCUUCUUGCUAAACAUUCCUGGGAAGGGUCACCGUGUCCAAGGGGAGAUCUAUAGUGUGGAUGAGAAGAUGCUGAACUUCUUGGACUGGUUUGAAAGGUGUCCACACCAAUACCAGCGGACACUGGUCAAACUGGAGGUGGAUGAAUGGGUCGGUGAAGGUGAAAACAAUCCAAAGGCUGGAAGUAUCGUUGAGGCGUUUGUGUACAGCACGACUACAUACAAACCAGAGUGGCUCCAGAACCCAACCUAUGAGAAUUACAAUUAUAAGGGUGACCAUGGACUGGAAUAUAUACGUCGUGAAGAUAGAAGCACCAAAUGAGACUUUGCAGUGCCGUCUCUGACAACUUUUAUAAUUCAUACAAGAUGGCAAAAUCUCAAGAUAUCGCACGACUCUUCUAGAAUGUAAAGUUACCACCUUUAUUCCUAUAGUGGACUACUCAUCAACAAAUAUAAUUUAAAAUCAAUACAAUACAGGCUCCUAUCCACCACUUUAUUUUAAGAAAUGAAAGGUCUUUGAAUAAAAUUGGUUACUUAAUUCAUAUUUGGACUGGAUUGGACUUUUGGUUUUCGGACAGCAGGCAAUCAAAAAAUUUUAACUCCAAGAUUUCAAUUGAUGGAAUGUUCAAAUGGUUCAAUGGAAUGUGCGUUAAUUCAAACUCCAACUGUCAAAAUGUUCAAAUGGUUCAAUGGAAUGUGCGUUAAUUCAAACUCCAACUGUCAAAAUGUUCAAAUGGUUCAAUGGAAUGUGCGUUAAUUCAAACUCCAACUGUCAAAAUGUUCAAAUGGUUCAAUGGAAUGUGCGUUAAUUCAAACUCCAACUGUCAAAAUGUUCAAAUGGUUCAAUGGAAUGUGCGUUAAUUCAAACUCCAACUGUCAAAAUGUUCAAAUGGUUCAAUGGAAUGUGCGUUAAUUCAAACUCCAACUGUCAAAAAUUCAAAUGUAAACAAACCCACAAAAGUUCUUAACUCUGCUUUAAGUUGAACUAUCUAUUGAUAUGACGUAACUAGCUAGCUUUACCUUACUGUAAUUUCGAUAAUCAUCAAAUGUAAAACUUUUUAAACUGUUUGUGCAAUUCAAAAUGACUGAUGUAUGUCAAUAACCUGUAAUAUAACUGUUUGGGUAAGGGGCUACAAUUUAUGGUUUGUGUUAGGAGUUAAAACAUUUUUUUAAAUAGCAUCCGUCAUUGCUUUGUUUAUUUGAAUGUUUUGUUAUGUACAUUCAAAAUAUUUCACCAUCUUGUACAUCGACUUCUCAUGAGACCGAUGUUGAUUUUAUUUCUAUGUAGCCUACAAGAAAGUUCAUUUUUUAUAUAUAAAAUUGUGUCCUUGAUCAAGGCACUUAACUCCAGGUUGCUCCGGGGGGGAUUGUCCCUGUAAUAAGGACUCUGUAAGUCACUUUGGAUAAAAGCAUCUGCCAAAUGCAUACAUGUAAAUAUAUAAACAUCAUUAAGUAAAAAAAAACAAACAUAUAUAUAUAUAUAUAUAAUUUGUUUUCUUAAUGUUUGUACUUGUUUUAAGCAUAAAUCUAUUGAAAUUUGCUAGUAGGAACAAACUUUUGGCUUUUGAUCUUUAAGUAUGUUUUUUGAUUGAAAUGAUCAUAAUUAC